AUGCCGACGGUCCGACUCCUCGCCCCCGAUCUCCAGCGCGGCCUUCUCAUGGCCCUGAUGGCCAUGGAUCAUCUCGCUCUCGGUCUAAAUACUUGGCAACAUGGAACAAACAUUGAUGGGGAGAUGGAUGGUCUUAUAGUGCGCCGCUGGAACUUCACCACUGCCUACAUCGUUCGCACAUUGACCCAUUUCUGUGCUCCGGGAUUCACAUUUCUUCUCGGAAUGGGAGUUGUUCUCCUCUCUCAGUCGCGUACUCGCCUCGGGUGGUCGGCAGGCAGGCUAAUGCAAUACUAUGCCGUGAGAGGUCUUGUAUUGACUGCAGUGACUUGGAUAAUCGGACUUGUGGCAUCAGGAGGCCAAUUCUGGUUCAUGAACGUCGUUUUAUUCUCACUAGGAGUCGACUAUGUUUUAGCGGGGAUGUUGUGGCUGCUGAUGGAUCGAACUGAGAAAUGGCUCGGCGGGGUGCUGGAGAGAGGCCUUUUGAUUAUGGACAAGCGAUCUGGAGCCGUCUACGUCCCCACGACUAAUGAUGACGAGGAUGAAGAGGGAGGAGUUAGCCAGCCCUUACUACUCGGACGAAGGCACGCUGCCAGAGAAAGAGAGAGAGCGGCAACAGCUUCAUCACUCUCAUGGCAUAUCCAUAACAUCUUCCUCGUUGUUAUAAGCGUCAUUACCAUUUGGUGGAAUAUCUGGCUGUCUGAGGACCAUGGCCGCUGCAGCCUCGACACAGAAGGAUCAGACGGUUCUGUUUCAACUCAAUUCGUCCCUACAUCGAAGCAUCCUUUUCUCGCCAUCUGGUUCUGGUACGUCUCUACUGAGCGCGUCAUGUCGAAUUUCCCCCCUAUGGCAUGGCUCUCCUUUGCCAUCCUUGGACUUCUCUACGGCCGCAUCAUCACUGCCCGAAAAUGGACAAUCUCUGCUGUUGCCAUCGGCCACGCAUCUGCGGGCGUCAUCUUUGCCGCUAUUUUUGUUCUCACCAGACUUCUGCGUGUAGGCAACCUGUCGGAGGAUUGUUUGCAUACUCCCGCGCAGGAUGCUCAGACUGCCAACGAAAAUCCCUACCUUGCCUCGGCAGCAUCCUUCUUCUACAUCAUCAAAUACCCUCCUGAUGUUGCUUUUUGGGCCUUCACCAUGGCUGGCAACUUGUUUAUGCUCGGAGCGUUUAGCUCCAUCCCUGUGCACGUUGCGAAGCGCUUCGGUAUGCUUUUGAGCUUUGGCACAUCGUCCCUGUUCUUCUAUGUAGUCCACCUCAACCUCGUCAUGUCUCCUCUGGGCACGUUGCUCAAAAACCUUUUUGGCACUGAAACCGGUCACGGAGAUCCUAUGCAUCCAGGAAACACCAAAGGCAUCGCCAAUCUCUUUGUUUAUUUCAUCUUCUGGUGUCUUUUGCUUCUCAUUAUGUGGCCAGCCUGUUUUUAUUAUAGUCGUUUCAAGAGCACAAGGCACGCAGACUCUUUGUGGAGAUUCUUUUAA